AAAAAAAAAAGAGUGAGCGAGCAGGGGCUGUCUCAACCGGCAGGCUGUUUCUGUUUGCCUAGCAUGUGCAAAGUCCCGGGCUCUGCCCUGAACGCUGCAUCGUAAAGCAGGCGCGGUGGUGCACACCUGCAGUGCCAACACUCGGAGGUAAAGGCAGGUGGAUCAGGAGUGCACACAGCCAUCCUUAUUUACCCGGGGAGCUUGAGGCCAGCCUUGUCUAUGAGACCCUAUCUCAAAAAAAGAGCAGGACAGAAAGUGGGGCUGGGUGUUUCCACAUGCAAACCUCCCACUUGAGAGCUGUAGAUGGAGCAGUGGUACAGGGCUGGACCCUUUUCAGGGCCAGGCAAAGCUGAGAUGUGCGGAGAAGAGUCUCCUAAAAGUCAGGACAGAUGGGUCUGAUGAUGUCUUCGGUCUCGUGGGACCCUGCUGGCUCGUUUCACAGUGAGUCCCAUGGGAAUGUUGGCUGGAUUUGAUGUAUGUGGGGAACACAGGGCCAUGUUUCGUAGCAUCAGAACCCGAGGAUCACAGGGCAGUCUGAGCUACAUAAACUGUCCUGGCAGGGGCAAAGGUGAAUGGGUCAGAUGGAAAAGCAAUGGAAGCAGCUAGCCCCUGAGGACUUGGCUCUUUAAAGACCUCGCAGCACCUGCGACCCUGCGCUUACAGUCUGACCCGGCCAGGGCACACUAGUGUUGGCUAGGAACACAGCACUAGUGAACCUGACCACCCAGGCCUAGAUAGCUCAUCCGGAUCAUCUUUGUUUAGCUUUGAUUUUGGAGACAGGGCUUCCUGUAGCUCAUUGGACGGGUGACCUUGAACUUUUGGUUUUUGUUGUUUUGAUUUUCUGAGAGAGGGUUUCUCUGUGCAGCCUUGGCUGUCCUGGAGUCCAUGCUGUAGUCCAGGCUGGCCUUCAGCUCAGAGCUCUGCCGGUCUGGGGUGAAAGGUGGGCACUUACCUCCUAGGGAUGGAAUGCGGGGCUUCCUGCCCGCUAGGCAAGGGCUCCAUCAGCUGACCCCCCCCCACACACACACCUUCAUGUUUUGGGACAGGACUCUCAGGCUGGCCUCGAGCUGGAAUAUGCUGCUGAGGAUGACCUUGAACUCUCUUUUAAGAUUUAAUUUUGUAUGGAUGAGUGUUUUGCCUGUGCAUAUGAUGUGCACCAUGGUCUCUGUUCCCACCAGAACAGAGCACUGACUGCCCUGGACCUGAUGUUACAGAUGAUCGGGAGGCACCGUGUGUGUGUGUGUGUGUGUGUGUGUGUGUGUGUGUGUGUGUGUGUGCGCGUGCGUGCUGGGAACUCAACCUGGGGCCUCUGCCAGAGCAGCAAGUGCUCUGAACUGCUGAUCCGUUUCUCCAGCCCCAACCUUCAUCUCGAGUGCUGGGUUCACAGGUGUGCACAACCACACCCGGGAGACAGGGUCUCUAGAGUAGAUUAGGCUAGACCCGGAUCUCAGGCACCAUGGUUGGAGUGGCAGGCCCGAGCCACCACAGGGCGCUCUUUGAAGGCCAGUGUUUCACAUUCAUGGGAAGCCCGGACCACCACAGGCAGAAUCCACCCCUAACGGCUCCGAGCGUGGCCCUAUUCCCACCCCCCAACCACCUCCCUCUCAGUCUCUCUGACUUCCUGUCUCUUUUCUGUGGGUGAUGAGCCCCCCCUUUUUUCUAAGUGUUUCCUGGUGUAUUUCUUUCCCUCGCUCCCCCAGCUCCCAUACCCAGGUGGAAGUUUUCAACCAAAUGAAAGGCAGGGGAUGCUCGACCUUCAUUCACCCUUCUGGAAACUAUCUGGAAACUGUUACCCAGGAGGUGGGCAGGCCUGGUAGAGGAAGAGGCAGCCCGAGGGCCAGGGGUCCUAAGGGAAAGGGGGGUUUAGUUCCCCUCCCCGAGUCAGCCUGCCUCCUUGUCUGUUGUGUCCCCUCUUUUUUCUUUCUCCUCCUCUAUAGGGAGUCUCCACCCUUCCCCAGUAUCUGUGUUUCUGCGUGGGUGGGUCUUUCUUAGGGUCUCCUUGAUCCUUUUUAAAAGUCCUAAUGGUGGGGGAGGGGGUUCUAACUCUACGCACACCAUUGGCUGGGCUCAGGGUGGAAAGGUUCUGUUACUAGGAGCAACGGCCACAACAAGCCUGCUUCUCAGCUUCCAUGAAAGUGUGAGGACCAUGGUAGGUCGGAACCUAGCUCUGCAAUAUGGGACCCCUAGGUCUCCCAUUUCUGAAACUAAGGUGCCUGGGACCUCUCCCAACUCGUAUCUCACAAGCAGCGGGAUUGCCCACCGCAAGAUCCCACGGGUGGCCUUUCGCCUGCCCACUCUACAGUCUACAUUGGAGGCGCCCCUGCCUGCAGCCAUGAAGCAGGACCCACGAAUUUGUGCUUUUGACGAAGUCAUCAGCAGAUGGGAAACCACCUCUGGCUCGGCAUACACGCCCAAGGCACAUGGCGGCCCCUGCGCCCAGCCCAGGGCAGCAGAGAAUAAGGACCCCAGGCGGCCACUAGGCAUCAAGUGUUUUGUAGAGAAGCUAAGAAGACAACCGGGCUUGGGUGUCACUCGGAACAGAAAACACCAGAUCAGCGAGAUGAAGGCUCAGUACCUGGGCUUGCCAGGCUUGGACCAGACAGCCCCUCUCUUUGUGGAACCCCAACCCCUGGAGUUCAUUGACCACUUCCGAGGGGGCCCUUCCCAGGCCCUAAUUCCCUGGACGAGGAACCCUGAGCUGGCUGGCCAGCCCUUCACAGUGCAUAAGAUGGGCGCCCUGGAUCGCCUGCAGCUCUACCUGACCACUUCUGCACAAGACUUCCAGAGGAAGGAGUUGCCUGGAUACCUCAAUCAGCGAUUGAUCUGCACAGGUCCGCUGAAGAAGUCUCAGGUCCCCAGCCAACGCCAACUUAAGCUCCAGGAAGGCGCAGAGCGGAUGCGCCUAGGCUGUGGACACCGAAUGCCACCACCGGCUGUACCGCACACGGGGGUCCUGCCCCUGACUCGAGAGUCCUACGGGUCCUCAGUUUACCCGCUGUGCAGGGUGAACCACUUUUGUCCACCCUGGAGCAGCCCCCACCCAAAGCCUGUGCCGGGCAUCUACAGCGUGCCCAAGGCCUACAGCACUGAGAACUCCCGCUAUGGCAGUGCCAGUACUGAGCUGCUGUGAACCCCACCCACCACAAAAAAAAAACGCCAGCAUUGGAUUUGUGGGCGGGUCAACCCAGACAUACCCCUCCUUCCCUAAGCAGGAGCUCCCUCCUGGCAGAGUUUACAGAUCAAGUUUUAUAGCUGAAACCACACCCAUUAUUUGGACUCAGUCCACGAAUACUGACUGGGGGCUUGGGCGGGUGGGUGGCGCUCUACCCCUGGUUUAGUAAAAUUGGAGGCCCACUCAGCAUGGGCAAAACCUAACACUGGAGCUGUAUCUCCCUGUACAGCUACACCCGAACAUGAGAGCGGGUUAGCUUCCAGCUUG